ACUAAGAAUUUAAUUCAGUUUUCAAUCGUUUGCUGAGCGGUUCGGUUUCUUGUUUUUUAAGUGAGGACACACGUCAGAAUGUACCAGCGGCAGGUCUCCUUUGAUAAGCCAACGCGAGUUGAGGACUCGGCUUAUAUAGUCGAGGGUGUAGAUAUUAAGGAAGCCAGGAACACGUGUCUGCUGUUCUCGCCGAAGGAUUCCUCGUUAUCCAGCGGAGCUUUAGCUAAUAUCUUGGCCAUUUUCAAGAAGCAUGACAUUAACCUAGUGCACAUUGAGUCGCGAUCCUCGCUGCGUGUCCCCGGCUACGAGUUCUUCGUGGAGGCCGAUGGAAAGUCUGGAGCCCUGGGCAAAGCUAUUGAGGAUGUGAAGGAGCAGUGCAGUUAUUUCAAUAUCAUUUCGCGUGAUUACAAGGAUAAUGCUACGGCAGUACCCUGGUUUCCACGGCGCAUACGUGAUUUGGAUCGUUUCGCUAAUCAGAUUUUGAGCUAUGGCUCUGAACUGGACUCCGAUCAUCCGGGAUUUACCGAUCCGGAAUACCGCAAGCGACGCAAGUACUUUGCCGACAUCGCCUAUAACUACAAGCACGGUGAGCCCUUACCCCAUGUGGCUUAUACCAAGGAGGAGAUCGAGACCUGGGGCAUUAUCUUUAGGAAUCUGACGAAGCUUUACAAGACCCAUGCCUGUCGGGAGUACAAUCACGUCUUUCCCUUGUUGGUGGACAACUGUGGCUUCAGAGAAGAUAAUAUUCCCCAGCUGGAGGAUGUCUCCAACUUUUUGAGGGAUUGUACUGGUUUUACUCUGCGUCCUGUGGCCGGACUACUUAGCUCUCGAGAUUUCCUGGCUGGCCUGGCUUUCCGCGUCUUCCACUCCACCCAGUACAUCCGUCAUCCCAGCAAGCCCAUGUAUACGCCAGAGCCAGAUGUCUGCCACGAGCUGAUGGGCCAUGUUCCACUUUUUGCAGAUCCAGCUUUUGCCCAGUUCAGUCAGGAGAUUGGAUUGGCUUCCUUGGGAGCCCCUGAUGAUUAUAUUGAGAAGUUGUCGACUAUUUUCUGGUUCACUGUUGAGUAUGGCUUGUGCCGUCAAGAGGGUGAGUUGAAGGCCUAUGGAGCUGGUCUGCUAUCCUCUUACGGAGAACUGGAAUAUUGCCUCACGGACAAGCCCCAGCUGAAGGACUUUGAGCCCGAGGUGACCGGCAUCACCAAGUAUCCCAUUACCCAGUUCCAGCCCUUGUACUAUGUGGCCGAUAGUUUUGAAACUGCUAAGGAGAAGACCAUUAAAUUUGCCAACUCGAUUCCGCGUCCAUUUGGUGUUCGCUACAAUGCCUACACCCAAAGUGUUGAAGUUCUCGAUUCCAAGCCUCAGAUUUCGAAUCUGAUGGACAACAUCAACUCCGAGUUCCAGAUCCUCCAGAAUGCCGUGGCCAAGCUGCGUGUCUGAGUUUAUUACAUAUACCUUUUAUUACUCCCUCUUUUUACAUAUUAUUAAGACCGAAUUGAAUAAUAAAUAGCAUCGAAAUUAUAA